AUUUGAUAAACGUACGCAAAGCAUAAGCAUAGAAUAAAAACCUUUUACGAUGCGAAUUUUUGUCUCUAAUAAAAGAAUUUCGGAUAAGGAAAGCUUUCGCGAAUGAUAAAACUCGUAUUUUCUAUUAAAGCUCAAGAAAAAAAUAUGUGUGUAAACAUUUUUAUGACAAUAUGUUCUCUCUAAUUUCUUUUCUAGAUUCCAUUACAAAAACGGGAACCAAGAGAAACAACAGAAGUUGAAGAGUGAUAAAUUUUUGUAAGAAUAAAAUAAUAUCAGCAGUGUUCCCUUCAGCAAUUCCUUCAGCAGAGAAACUUCACUGCCACUAAAAUGCCGUCACAACCGUACAAUUUAGUCAAAGAUGAUCCUGAUCUGAGAGUUCCACUUCACUCGGAAGAAGCAUUUUAUACAGGCAUCAGCUUUCAAGCAAAGCUUAUUGGUUUUCAAGAAGUACCCAGACCAACAAGCCGUACCGAGAUCGUUCAGGCAAUGCGACGUAUUCGAUAUGAAUAUAAAAUUCAGAACGCUAAAAAGAAAAAAGUUACCAUAGAGAUAUCGGUAGAUGGUGUAAGAAUCUUUCUUAAAAAGCGCAAGCGGAAAAUGAAAGUGAAGAAAUCACAAAACUGGUCAGGCGAUUUAGGAGAGAUUGAGCUGAUGCAUCAUCCGAUAUAUCGAAUCUUUUACGUGUCGCAUGAUAGCAGUGACUUAAAAAUCUUCAGUUACAUUGCUCGAGAUGGAAGUACAGAUCGAUUCAAGUGCAUGGUAUUCAAGAGCAAUAAAAAGGUGAGAUAAAAGAAAAAAGAUUUGAAUUGUUGCUAUAAAGUAUUU